CAUAUUAGGGUAACAUACUCCACUUUCCCCUUUUCUUUCUCUCUUCCUCUCUUCUCUCUCCCCCCAUUUCUUCUUCUUUUCUCUCUCUCUCCCUCCGCGUAUCUCUCUCUCUCUUCCUCUGCGUGUGUCUCUCUUCCGAUCAGUCAAAAAGAGCCUGGUUGAAAAGCAGAGAAAACUUGAUGAUGUGAUUGCGUUAGACGAUCGCUUGUCACUUUCACUUCAAUUAGGCCAAACAAAGGAUUCAACAUGCUAGAGUUCAACAUGGGGUAUAACACGAUAGAGUACAACAAGAGGAUAGGAUUCCUGAAAUGUUCAAUGAUGCUUUUGGUAUUGGGGAUGGAAUUGGACCCCAACAGAAUUUAGAGAAGAUCCCAAUGAAGAAGCAAGAGAUUUCUAUCAACAAUUAGAAGAGGCUAGUCACCCACUAUGUGAAGGGAGAUGUUGUCUGGUUGGAUGACUGCUGGAAAGUUAUCUUGCUCAUAUUGCAUGGAAAAUAGCAAAGUAUUCACUUUAAAGUAUGGCCGAAAAAAUUCUUGAUUUGAUUGUCAUCACCAGUUCUUACCAAUAGACCACGAGUUUAGAAGGAUGAAAAAUGCGUUCAGAAAUAAUAAGAUUGAGAAUGAACCGCCACCUCCAUUAUUGUCAGGACAUCAGAUUUGGGAGAGAGUUUUAAUUUGCCUAAAGUUACAGAUGGUCCACCUUCUAGACUUCUUGGAUACGGUGUUGAACAUAAUUGGACCAAACAAAGCAUAUUUUGGGAGUUACCCUAUUGGGGGGGACAAUAAACUAAGACAUAAUCUUGAUCCAAUGCACAUUGAAAAAAAUUAUUUUGAUAAUUUAUUCAAUACAGCCAUGAAUGUUAAGGGCAAGAGAAAGGAUAAUUCAAGAGCUAGAAUGGAUAUAAAAGAGUAUUGCAAGAGAAGGGAAUUGUGGUUGAAGGAAAAAGAAAAUGGUAAAUUGUUUAAGCCCAAGGCCAGUUUUUCAUUUACAUUAGAUGAGAAACGGAAAAUAUGUGAGUGGGUUAAGAAUUUGAGGAUGCCCGAGGGCUAUGCUUCGAAUUUAGAAAAAUGAGCGGAUAUAGAAGAAGGGAAGCUGGUUGGUAUGAAAAGCCAUAAUUGUCAUGUUUUUAUGGAAACCUUGAUUCCUAUCGCAUUUAGUCACCUUCCUGAGAGGAUAUGGAAACCAAUCACAGAGAUAAGUUUGGUCUUCAAAGAUUUGUGUUUGGGAAAGUUGUUGGAGAGUAGCUUGGACAGAAUGGAGCAGAAUAUUCCUGCCAUCACUAUUAAGUUGGAGAAGAUCUUUCCAUGUGGAUUUUUUGAUGUGAUGGAGCAUCUUCCAAUUCACCUCGUAAAAGAGGCACGUCUUGGAGGCCCAGUUCAAACGAGGCGGAUGUAUCCGGGAGAGAGGUAUAUUUUUUUAAAUUAACGUCAUCAUUUUCUUAAAAGAAUUACUUUUAUCUACCUAAGAUAAAAUUAUGCAGGAAAAUUGGUGAGUGCAAACAAACUAUUAAGCAAAGGGGAAAGAUUGAAGGAUCGAUUUGUGAAGCUUAUCUUGCAAAAGAAACUGCUUAUUUUUGUUCUUACUACUUAAGAGAUGAAGUGCCAUGCAAGAGAAAUAGGUCCAAUCGUAAUGAUGAAGGUCAUGGUGAUCCUAUGUUUCCACCUAUAUUGAUUUUUAACAAUCCAGGUAGAGGAUUUAAAAGUUAUUGUACGCGAGCUCUCACUUGAAUGGAAAGAAAAUCUAUUGCGACACAUGUUUUGCUCAAUUGUCCAGAGAUUCAACCAUAUCUUGAGGACUGCUGUGCUUUGGAUGCAUCAAACGUGCUUGUCAGGCAAAAGAAAACUCCAGGGAGCAAGCAAUUAACGAUCUGCAGGUGGCAUCCCGCAUCAAAAGAAGUUAAUAAGACAGUAAGAGAGAGCGUUAGGAGGAUUUUUUCACAACUUUGGCACAGUUGGUCGGAGAUUCCAGAAGACCAUAGACAAGUCAUGUUUGAAGAGUUCAAGAGGAAUGCUGGUGCAAAGCUACGCAAUUGGCUUGAACGUGUUAGACGUACAGGCAAUGUUGCACAAUGGCUUCUCAAAAUCGUAUAUGAUGAUUUGUGUAUUUAUUGGGAAUCUCCUGAAUAUAAGGCAAUCUCUAAGCAAAAUAAGAAAGCUAGAGCCAGUUUAAAAGAUGGCUCAUUGCACAUCGGAGGUGCAAAAAGUGUCAGGGUCAUAGUUCGAGAAAUGGAGGACUUGGGUCGCGAACCGACUCGACUUGAGGUCUUCAAACGAACACAUCUGCUGAAAAAAAUGAAUGAGUCGAACCCGAAUGUGUGGGUUGAGCCCAGGGCUGAAAAUGUCAAUAAUGAAUUUAUACGCUACUUGUCUGAAUUUGGAUCAACCUAGCCUACACAAGAGGUGUCAGAUAAAAUUUGGACCGAAAAGGUGGCGGGAGAAAAAAAAGGGGGAAAACCUAUGGAUUUGGUUCUCGAAAUGAGUUACGACGUCUUCGUGCUGGAUGGGCUGGUAUUGGAUCCUCGCACUAGGCUGAGGCGAUUGACGGUGUUCAGCUUGCUGCUAUGUCGCAGCAAAUUACAAAUCUUUCACGUGCCUUCGCACAGUCUGUUGCUCAAAAUGAAGUCAUGAGCAAGACUGUCGAGGAAUUCAAGAAAAAAAUGGUUAGCAUGAAUCGCCGUCGUCACCGUUCUCCAUCUCCCGAUUCAAGUAGUAAAGAAGAAAUAGAAAGUGAUGAAUUUAUUGACACUACUCCUUAGUGUUAGUUGGAGUUGCUUCUAGACUUUUUUUAGACAUUAAUUUUUGAACUUAACUUUUAACUUUUGAAUUAAGAAGCUUAAAGACUUAAGUGUUUUGAAUGUUUUUUGAAUUACCUGUUAAGUGUUUUUGAAUAUUGGAUAGUGUUUUUGAAUAUUGGAUAAGUGUUUUAGA